CGGCAAGAUCGGGGGAAAUCCAACUGUUUACAUCGGACGUGUUUGUGAAAAUGUAACUCAACAUGCAUGCCAGUACGACGACAGGAGAGCAUCAAACUCAAUAUCAAUUGAGGUAGCCUUCAGAGGGUAGAUUUCAACCCUAUGAGUGCUAAUAUUUACCAGACGGGUACUGAGUAUCCCUGAACAACCACCGUGCAUGCUGUCAUGGGUCAGUUUUGCUGUAAGAAGUCAGGGUACCGGGCGAGGGAGGACAGCGAUGUCAGUGAUGUCAAUGUACCGACAGUCUCAACACCAAAGGCCGUACUGUCUCUGUUGAUUAUCUUCGCUGUUUACGUAGGGGUGCAAGUCGUUAGCCUUGCGUACCCCGUUCUUUUUCCAGCAGGUCUUAGAUGCUACCAGAACUACACAAGCACCUGUGAUAUGAACAUCAAGUCUAAGAAUGGUUGCCAGGUAGAUUGCAUAGAAUUCACUGAUACUCAGCAAGGUAUCUUAACAGGUUUGACUCUCACCGCUGUCUACCUCAUUGCUGGUAUCCCGUUAGCUAAGGCUACCGGGGUUGGUUCCCGUGUUCCGGUUCUGGCAAUCGGGCAACUCAUCCUGACGGGAAUGGCGAUAUUGACCGCUUUCAGCAGUCGGUUCUUUAUUAUUUUGUUGGCGAGGCUUGGUGCUGGCCUUAGCGAGGCUGCAUGUACCCCGGCUGCUUACUCCCUUAUUUCAGACUACUUUGUUGUCAUGAAUCACGCUAAAGCGUUGUCCGUUUACCACUUUGCCACAAAUAUAGGGGUAGCGGCAGCCUUCAGCCUUGGCUUCUUAAACUUCUAUGUAUGUUGGAGAUGGGUGUUUCUUAGCUUAGCUAUCGCUGGAGGGUGUGUCUUUCUUCUGGUCAUCUUCUUCCUCCGAGAGCCGCCGUACGAUUCUUCAGAUUCCUUAAUGAGCAGUCAGGAUUUAUACACGAUUACGGAAGUAUUUCAGCGACUCAUAAGGAACAGACCCUACGUAUACCUUUGUUUAGCUUCAUCAAUGCGUAACGUCUCAACGUACGCGCUCUGGGCGUGGCUGCCCACUUUCUACUCCAAGGUUCUGUCUAUACCAUCGGAGGAAUACGGUGUGAAUAUCGCCCUCGUUGUUCUAUUCGGGGGAGGUUGUGGCUGUGCAAUAGGGGGCAUCUUAACCGACAGGAUAUCAAGGCGGCAUAAACAAAACAAGACCUACGUGAUAGCAAUCAGUCAUCUCACUGCAGCUUCGCUGAUGAUCGGAACGUUGUUGACGCUAUCACCAUCAGUCUCAUUUGGUUUACUCUUUCUCUACUGUCUGGUCGCUGAGAUGGCCCCUGGUCCAGCCUCUAGUAUUGUCCAGGAUCUGUUUUCAGCGAAUCUACGAUCGAGUGCCUUUGCUGCAUAUGUUGCCAUCGGUAGCAUUGUAGGUAGUGCAGUGGGACCAAUAUUGGUCCCGGCCAUCACAUCCCUCCAUCUCUCAUGGCAUGCAUGCGACCAGGGAGUGGGCGUGGCCCUAGCCAUCGUCGUACCCUCCUUCUACCUCCUCUCCAGCCUCCUCUUCAUCAUCACUGGCUUCCUGAUGCCCACGGAGGAGGCCCUCAACGAAGAGACGAUCUACCUGAAGUACGAGACGAGUGAGGUUGACGCCGAAAGCGAGGCAGAGAGGGAAACGCUCUUUUAUGGAUCGCUGUCCAUCUGAAAGUCUUUCAGGUCAAAGGUUAAGGUCAUGCCAGACAAGCCAAUUUUUUCAUGGGUGCGUUCCAUUAGCUACCCUAAAUUGCUAAGCAAUAUUUUCUUCAUAAGCAGAUCUGUAACAAAGUGCUAACUAGUUGUUGCAACGCUAAAGCUACUAAGCAAUUGUUUCUGCAUAGGAAACUGGGUCUACAUGUAGGCGUAAAGAAGCCAAUCUUAUAAGUUUGACCCUCGACAUCAAGCAGAAAUGCAAGGUCACUUUUACUGAGAAAUCGUGUGAACGUUUUAGAACAAAAUCACGGCCGAGUGGUUAAGAGCAUCGAAUUCAAGUUCUGGUGCUAAUUCACCGGAGUGUGGGUUCGAAUCCCGGU